AUGGAUGGAGUUAUGUGGCGCCACCAACAGAAGCUUCCAAGCUUUCAGUUCUCAACAAAAGUUUUACAAGAGUUUAGUACUGAUCUGUUGAUGAGAUCGACAUUAGAUUCGAUGUUUAAGGUGGAGUUUGGGUUUGAUCUUGAUACUCUAUCGGGUUCAAAUGAGGCAAGCAAUCGGUUUAUGGAAGCGUUUGAUGAAUCAAAUGGCGAGUUCUUUAAUUUUUAUACAUUCUUUAAUUCAAUUGUGAUUCCCAAACCUAAUGAGCCAUUUGUUUCAGAACUUCUUACAACUCUUCCAACAACCAUUGUUGACCUUGAGCCUCACCAGAUACAUACGUCUUAUGAAUAUGUUGGUCAUAUGAUUCAAGUAGAAUCUAAGGAAACAGAACGUGAUGAGUAUCUGCAGAGGUUGAUGGAUCUUCCCAAUCAGAGGAUGAUGUUGCAACCACCUCCCUCCAUUGGGACAACUGCCACUAAAGUUCUAUGUUUAACACAAGUGGUGACUGAAGAUGAACUUAAAGAUGAUGAAGAUUAUCAAGAUAUAUUGGAAUACAUGAAAAUAGAUUGUGGAAAAUUCGGUAGUCUAGUGAAUGUUGUAAUUCCACUCCCUAACCCUACUGGAGAACCAGCACCAGGUGUUGGCAACGUAAAGUUGAUGGAAGAAAGGAAUAUGAAGCCACUUGAUUCAAAUCUUGCAGCAUUAUCAGCAAGAUGCAGUAAAGACUUGGAGUUGAAUUUGACUAAGUCAUUCUUGAGUGAGAUGGGCCAAGAUGCAACUUUACUUAGUUGGAAUUUGAUGUAUAGAGUAGAUUAUAUGCAAAUUUAG